AUGAAGAGGCGGGUCAAAAUCGCCUACGCACAGGACGAGCCUCUUGACAAAAUUUCGAAGCAGGAGAUUGUCACGCUGAACGAAAGCCAUCCCGAACUUGUCGGGAUUGCGCCAACGAUCCUGAGCGAAAUUCACGGCGACCUCAAUAUCCAAAACGUACUCACUCGGCUGGACCCCGAUGAUGAUGAGGAUAUUGCGCUUAUCGACCCUCGCGGUGUCCCACUUCUUGGCAACGACUCCAACAAGGUGUUUGAGCGCGGCGACUAUUGCUACGAUAUCUCCAAACUGCCAUUCUCCCUGGGUGGCUUUUCGGAGAUCAGAAAGCAGCUUAUUGACUAUACUGUCGACGGCGAUUCCCACUCACUCAAGAUACAGCAGCACCCGGGCUCAGACACUAUGGACGGUGCCGCUCACCUGCUCAUCCCGAAGCUUGCAGUUAAUAAGGUGAUGAAGCAGAUUGAAAAUGUCGAACACGACGGUGUUCGAUCCUUUGAGCUACGGGUGAAGGUUGGGAAAUCGGCGCACUUUGUUGCGGAUUGCGCUUGCGCCCUUGGAAGGGACACACCCUGGGAGAUUGUUCCUCUCUUCCUUCUAGGACUACAGAAGCUGAACGGCAUUAUCGACCUGUUGGAAGGCGGUGCUCUUCUGGGGUAUCAGCCAGCGGCGAGCAACUCCACAAGGCUACCAGCGCCUUCAGCUUGGCUCCAGGACGAGCCACAAGAUAACAUUGCCAUGUUCGCGGCCGACAUGGGCGUGUCCGCCUCCGCAAUCCCGUCUGACCACCCCGAUGCGUCCCACUUCGUCCUGGCGCCGGAGCUCGGUCUCGGAACAGCCCCAUAUGACCUCGUACUAUGUGACGCUUGCACAAGUUGCUCAACCGUUCACGGUCUUCAGGCGAAAUUGGAAAUGCAAAGUUCUCAUAUUCUUGCCACAUUUGCUUUGUCCGAGGAGAAUCUGCGUCUGCCCAUGGCUUUCUGA